GUAAUGAUUAAUAAAUCACAUCUGGGAAGUAUAGGUCAAUACUCUACAUAGCUAUGGCCAAUAUUACGAUGUCAGAACUGCUAUCAAAUUGCUAUAAAUAAAUGCCUUCUUUUGAGGUACUCUAGGGCAUAUGUAAAGCUCUAGGACAACGCAAGUCCAGAUGGAACACGCCCAAAAUGUGCGAUACACGGACUAUGUAGAAAAUCAUCGGCCUAUCGUAUCGUUUUCUUUGGCUAAUUAUUAUGCGUUAUUACGAGAUUUGUUUCUGGCGCAUUAUGCGAGUUUGUAUCAUGAUGGUUGUUUUCAUUACUGGAAAUAUGUUAUUUAUAGAAAUCGGUUUAUUGAAGUUACACAUCGCUGACACUGCCCAUUAGACUCUUUGACUCAACAAAAUACGAUAUCUCGAAUGUAUCCGGCUUCAUGGUAAAUACGGACAUUGCGGGAUGCGGUGAAUGUUGUUUUUGGAAUAUUGAAAUAUUUAGAUGGCGAAAUACGUGGAAUUCGCCUUCAAUGUUGCAUUCAUCUCGCCACAAUGCUGUCUUGCCCAGUGGAGAACGCUUCACAUCACGAAUCCCACCACAGGUUCCUAACCAUACCACUUUUGUACCAGGACAAUUUCUCAGAGCCCUUGCUGGUGGUGCGACGUGAGUUCCCAUAUCAUCGCUGGGAACCUGUUUACAUUGGAACCAAUGAAGAACCUCUCUACAGUGAACAAUUGACAUGGGAAGGGCAACAGGAUAAGAUGACUCAGAUGAAUGAGAUGUGCCUUCAAGGUUACCGGUUUGUGAUUUUGGAUGGAGCAUUUCUUGUUCACGUUCCUGGGAUCAAGCGUCGAUCAGAAAUUACAGUGGAUCGAACUGCCUGGCGCCGUCCUUAUGAACAUCAUAACACUAAAAUAUAUCAUUCAAUUACUAUGAAAAUGAUGCGCAAGUAUAGAACAAAUACACGCUGCAAAUUAUAGCGUAGCGGGUUUUAUUGUGUACUUUGGUUUAUGUUGGUAAUUAGUUUUAUUGACUCUUUCCUUCAUUUUAUCUUAUUAAUAACAUCGUUCAUUAACUUA